AUGGAAUCCAGGGACGCUAGUGUAAUUCAUCCCUCCAACACCACUUACCGCGGGGAAAAGACCAUGGAUCCUAUUGAAAAUGACGGUUCCGUGCUGGCCGCCCUUGAGACACUGGAGAAUGCGGAAGAUCAAGAGAUCCUUCAGUACCGUGAGCGCUUGCUAAAUGUCGGAAACCGAUUACUCUCCCUCACUAAACAAACCUCUUCUGUUCCUGACAGCCGACCACGCACAGCUGCCGAUAUCUUCCGAAUUGUUAUACAAGAACAACCUCAGCUUCAUAAAUUCUUAAGUGACGAUCCCACAUCUGCUAUUCGAACGAUCCGAACGUACGACAAUCUCCAAAUAACGAGUUUCGCAGCGGAUGAUCAGCUCCUCCUUGGUCAUAUUUUCGACCUUAGGAACUGGAUCUGGGAUUACCGCGCUCGAUACCUUCCUGAGGUCCUUUCAAAAUCUAUGCAAGAUAUACCAUUGAAGAUUCCACCACAGCAAGGAAAAUUGAAGCGGUUCAUUCACUCUCGCGACCUUCCCAAUAAUAUUUAUACUCGACUGAAAACUGGGCAUAGGUGUUGGUAUAUCGAAGCUAAAGCCUACCAGAAAACAAAUAAUAUGAUUCCUAAUAAUUCUGAGAAUAAUUUGGCGGGACCAGGAUCUGCUCGCCCAAUGUGGGAGUUGGUCAAAGCUUAUGUUACAAGGGCAAUACCUACGUCAGAGAAGCCGCGAUAUGAUGAGAAACGGAAUGAGCGAUACUAA